AUGUAUUCAUCUUUUCUGAAUCAGUUUGUCUGCCGGCUGGCUAUCUUUCUACUGUUCACUGUCGGUUCUGUCACAGCCAAUUCGGAUUAUUUCCAGGUCUAUUUGCCGGAGACUUUAUCGGGGAUUUCUGCAACAGACUCAUGCAUCACCGCGCUCACUAGCAAUGUCACUUGCUCCCCUGACCUGAAAAAAGCUGUGACAGACACAAGUACCUGGUCUGCAAAUGGCCUUUCUCAAAUCUGCGCUGCCAACUGCAGCGUCUCUUUGGAGAACUAUGUAUCUUCGGUCAAUACGGCGUGUGGCUCCUCUACAACUUACAACAUCUCCAACACUUUGCAACUUGCCUCCGAUGCUGGAAGUGAGAUGCAGUGGCGGUAUAAUGCCACAUGUCUCAAAGAUCCGUCUACAGGAACCUACUGUAACACUUUAUUACAGUCAGGCAUGAAUGGAUCAAGCAGCACAGUCAAGUGUAGUACUUGCUACCUCACAUACUUGCACACCGUGCUCAACUCCAAAUGGGGUCAAGAUCUUUUCAGCCCGACUGUGCUCCAAAAUCAGGUGAAAUCAUGCUCAACAACCGGGUACUCGGUCACCUACACCCCAACCUCAACGACUUCCUCAACUUCAGUCUCCUCGUCUGCUACAGAUACUCCGCGUUGCAAUACCACUGAUGGUACCUGGAAUACCUACACAGUAAAGUCUGGCGAUACCUGUACAGGGAUUUCGGCCUCUCAAAACGUAUCGACCGGUAUCUUAACCAGCAUCAACGGUCUUGACACGGGUUGUACGCAUUUAUCAGCUGGUGCAGAUAUCUGCCUUCCAGAUGUGUGCCAGGUGUACUUGGUCCAGUGGAACGAUACAAUCUCUGGCAUCCUCAACAAGCUCUCGCGUGAUGUGUCACAGACUCAGUUUCUGUCAUGGAACCGGAACAUCAACUCCGCAAAUCCUGAUCUCUCUGCGGUCGGUGGAAAAUAUAUUUGCAUCAGUCCUCCGGGCUCAUUGGAGCUGGGCACUACAUUCCCAUUGAAGGCAGCAACAACAGCCGUCUCUGUUCCCACUGAUGCCGUUACAAGUUCAAACACCAAAUGUGGCUACUGGCACCAAGUUCAAGGCAACGAGACCUGUGAUACACUGGUGUCUGACUUCGGAAUCACCAAGAAUGACCUGAUGUUUCUCAAUCCACAAAUUGACUCUGGCUGUACCAAUCUAUGGCUGGGCAAUAGCUAUUGUGUUGAGCCAGUCGGGAACGUUAAAACAUACUCUGGUUACAGCAACAAUGGCACAGCAACAUAUACUCAGCUGAGCGCCACCAUUCAAGCAAACAACACCAUGACAGCCAACCGGACUACAAGCUACUCAUACUAUUCCUGGGCCACCAAUACCACUACAACUGCUUUUACCUCUACAAAUGGUACGGUUCAAUCAAUGCUAUCAAGUUACACCCUCUGCGAUGAAGCAGAUGAAGCAUUCAACAUCACAGAUGGUGAUCUCACGCAAGAGAUGUACGAGGACGAGGCCUGGAUGUCUGAGUACCAGCGUGUGUGCUAUAUUCCUAUCGAUGGACCCAUCCCCACCCGCGGGUUCAACUACAGCAUCACUUUAGAUUCGAGCCCUUAUUACACAACAAGUAACACUGCGACAGCUGCUGCGUCCAUCACUGUCACCACCGCCAGUCAAACUUCUUCAACGACUACACAGUCAGCCACUUCUACCGGUCUCACGGUCUCUCCCAAUGGCCUUUGUGGCAGUAGCAAUAGUGAUUACACUUGUACUGGGUCGCAAUUCGGGUCAUGCUGCAGCAAGUAUGGAUACUGUGGAAGUGGGACAGAUUACUGUUCGUCAGCUAACUGUGAUUCGGAUUACGGAACAUGUUCCUGA